ACAACAUUCACAGGGAAAUGGGACUUCAUCUUACCUUGCAUGAUUGUAACCUAGAUUUGCUCGCCACGAUGGUUGGGUUUCUGAAUGAACAGGAUCGGAAAUGCUUCGCCAUUGCCCACUCUUAUCAUUUCCUCGUCCUGCACACCAUUGUGCAUUGUGGGACAGUCAGUACGUCUUUGUCGGUAAAUACACCAGCAGUCUGCGUCCCAUGCAAUGCCAGCAUUCUCAGUGAUGAUCAUGGGUUCAAUGGGGAAAAAGCCCCGUCUGCUGGUCUGGAAGGGUUGAGCCGUCCGCGCUUUUUAUUCCCGGGGGAGCGUGGCGGAGAAACUGUUGCACUCUUGAGCUACCCAAGAUCGGGUAACUCAAUGUUACGAACGCUCUUGGAAGAGGCGACGGGGAUUGUAACGGGCAGUGACACGCGGCCAGACCGUGUCUUGAGUCGGAGCUUGCUCAAACGAGGCUUGCGCGGCGAAGGCGUGGUGGACGAACGAGCAUGGAUAGUGAAGAGCCACUGGCCUGAACGCCACGGCUACCGACGGUUCCCUGCCCAACGAAUCAUUCUUUUGGUCCGCAACCCAUUCGAUGCCAUCUACUCCUACUUCAACAUGGGACUCACCAACACACAUGAGGAGAGACUGGCCAGCGACGUGUUCGAGUCGUUGGCCCCGCUCUGGGAGGACAUGGCCCGCAACGAGGCCAGGGUGUGGGCUAAAUUUAACGCCUACUGGCUCACGCAAAAGUUGCCUGUGCUGGUGGUUCGGUACGAAGACCUGCUGCUGCACACCGAGGAGAUGCUCGUGCGCCUCGUCAGCUUCCUGGAGAGCACUCCUCGCGAGGCAAUCAGGGCCUCGCGCUCCCACAUGGCCCGCAUCGCCAAGAGCGCCGCUGCCAUACGAUCGCCUCCGAUUAUCCCGCCUAUAUCCUUUUCGGAGCUCGUGCUCGACGGGCCCCGGGGCGAGGACCAAGGUGCGAUCGAUUCCAGCGUCACCAGCCCCGUCACACCAGCGGGCACACACCCCGAGGUCCCCCCGCCUCCUUCCUCUCGUUCUCCACCACGCUCACACGCAUGCCCAGACAAAGGAAACAUCGGCAAGAGUCUACGUUUUUUCUCGCCUGCCCUAGUGGAGGACGUGGCUCGACUUGCCGGGGGCGGGCUACGCGCCUUCGGCUACGACCCUGUCUCCCAGGGGUUUCCCCACCGCGUCCUG